AUGCGCACGGAAGCGGACGCGUCGGCUGCGCGUAUCAAGAAGAAGAAGCGCUCGUCCGAGCGGUCGAAGCGCCACGACAGGCCCGCGGAGAAGGACGCAACAGCAGGAGGAGAAUGGAAGCAGUUCACGUCGCCCGACGGCCACCCGUACUACUACAACGCCGUGACCAAGGAGAGCAGGUGGGAGCUCCCCACGGAGACGGAGGAGCAGCCCCCCGCUCACUCCAAGCACCGACGCUCCAAAGGGAGCAACAAGCAGAUCGUCCUGGAGCAAGAGGCGCCUCAUACCGAAGCUCCUGCUGAUAAUAAACCCAAGAAGGAGAAGAAGAAGCGGCCGGAGAGUCGAAGAAGUGCCACGGACGAGGUCCCAGCUGUCCGCAAGUCCAAGAACGCCAUGUUCCAGAAGCUACAAGCCUCGCUGGAGGGCCGACUCAAUGUACCCAUGAUGGGGCGACCCCCACCGAUGCUGAACAUCCGACAGGAGGGCGAGGGGGAGUAUGCAGGAGGAGCUGCAGAGGAGAAUAAGACACCCUCGCUGGAGGAGCAGUACGAGGCGGAGACUGCGGGCAUGAGUGCAGCUGAAAGGCUCCGCUUUUUGAGGAAAAAGCGACAGGAGAACAUGAUGGCCAAGAGGGAGAGUAUCACUGGGGACGACUUUAUGGCCGAGGUGGCCAACAAUAUGAAGAAGAAGGGAGCUACGUUAAAUUCCAAGAAGAAGGAGAAAGACAGCGGUGACAAGGUGAUGAGUUGGAAGGAGCAGGAGCUGGCGGAGGAGGAGCGCAAGAGACAGCAGAUGCAGGCGGAGAUGGAGGCGAAGGAGCAGGAGGCGGCGAGAAAAGAACGCGAAGAACAGGCUGCGAAAGAGCGAGAGCUACGAAGGGAGCAGGAGCGUGCUGAGCAAGCUGCACUUGAAGAGCGGCGAGAGCAAGAACGAAGACAGCGUCAGGAAGAUGAGAACCGUCAACGACUGGAGAAAGACGAGAAAAAGAAAAAGAAGAAGGAGGAGAAGAAGAAGGCUUUGGAUGGGAUGGACAAACAGGGCUCUGAGCAUGAUACGGGCGCUGCUAGUGAAAAGGGUGCUACUGAGCAAGAUACAGUGGCAACCACUGGUAAUGGAAGCACUGGGGCUCAAGAUGAGGAGGUUUCAGAGGCAUCAUCACCAGAACGGGUGAAGCAUAGGAGCCGCAGUCGAAGUUGGGGAAGCAAGUAUGGAAGCUCAAUUCGUUCAUUGCAGUACGAGAACGCGAAGGCAGAGGACAGUGCUAAGGACGAGCUUUCGCUGAUAGAAGGUGAAGUAACAUCAGACCCUUCGCAGGAUGAAAACCAACGGGCACGCGAAGAGCGACGCGUCCGGAAACAACGAGAGAAGGAGUUGGCGGCAUUGAAACGGACCGAGCCCGCGACAUCGGAAUCGCAACGACGUAAAUCGGUAUCCAGUGCUGGUGAUCUAACAGAGGACUCCAGCAUCCGCACAUCCAGCAGCGCCGAAGCUGAAGAGGAAGCCAGGCAAAUUGAGAAGCAGUUGAGGCGUGAAAGGAGACGAGUCGCCAAGUUGGAAGCGGCGCUCGCUGCCCACUUGGGUGGUGAUCAUCACGAACGGUCUCAAGAUGGGCAUUCAGAGCAGCACGCAACGAACAACAAUGGCUCGGUUUCGGGGUCAGCUCCUGCCGGAGCCUACCCUCAGAAUCCACCGCUGAGCGGUGGAAUGUAUCCCCCGUAUCCGUACAUGAUGAUGCCACCGCCACCACCGCCGCCAUCAACGCCGUAUGGAUAUUACUAUCCGUAUAUGCAGCCCCCACCCAUGAUGCCCGCUCCGAUGUAUCCCCCCAGCAUGGUAGGCGUGCCCCCAGGGUACCAGUUGGUGCCUCAGACACCACUGCCUUCGUCCGACGGCAUGGCAAUGCCGUCUGCAAUGGUGCCGUACAGCGCGGAAUCAACAAUGGAGGGCGCCUAUGGAAUGCCUUUCGGAUCCAUGUAUGGGCAGCAGUCUGCGCCGGAGCUGAGCAAAUGCGAUUGUUGCCAGGGAAUUGGCGUCGGGCUGGUUGAAAAGAACGGCGUCUGUGCUCACUGCAACCGCCUCCGCCUAGCCUUCAUUGUGGAUUCCGCCCAAAUGCGCCAGAGGUGCUCCGUUUGUGGCGGGUGGGGGUUCCAGUUGCUUCAAGCGAAUGGUAUGUGCGAGCAUUGCACUCGGCAGACUGCCCAGAAGUCGACGGAGAAGCUCAUGGCUGAAACCCGGCGCCGCAGCAGUGUUUCCGCCCCUCGUGCACCCUUACCUGUAUCCCAGAAUUCGACAGGAAACCCGCCAAAGAACAAUGGCAUUGAUGAUGUCGACUGGGACAAAUCCUCAUCCGACGACUCAGACUGGGAUGACUGA